AUGGAGGUGGAGGCUCACCAGUUUGAUCCUGUGGCUUCAAAGCUGAGUUGGGAGCUAGCUAUUAAACCUCUGUUUGGCAUGACAAUGGAUGCUUCGGUAGUGGAGGAGAACAAGGCGAAGCUGGCUAAGGUUUUGGACGUGUAUGAGGCUCAGCUGGCUCAAUCAAAGUACUUGGGCGGAGAAUGCUUCACAUUGGCCAACAUGCAUCACCUGCCCGACACUCAAAUCCUAAUGGGUACUCAGGCAAAGAAGUUCUUUGAUUCCCACCCCCACGUGAGCGCCUGGUGCGCUGAUAUCCUGGCAAGGCCGACCUGGUCGAAGGUCAUGGCAAUGCGAACCAACAAUUAUGCUUAA